AUGGCAAUGAAAAUUGUACCAUUAUCUGCACUGCUACUAGUGGCAUUACUCACCACCUUGCUAUCGCAACCAGGAAUAGCCAAUGCGCAGUCGCCACAGAGUCCUCCUUCGGUUCCAGGCCUGCUUCCACCAGGAACUCCGAAUGAUGUCCUUAAGUGUUGGUCAUCUCUUGCCGGCAUUAGUGGAUGUGUUUUGGAAAUCUUUCAAUCUGUUUUCAGCUUGCAAUUAGGCACCAUUGGUGCCGACUGUUGCAAGGCCUUCCUUUCUAUCGAGGAAAGCUGUUGGCCCAAAAUGUUUCCUCUGACUCCUUUCUUCCCUCCCUUGCUCAAGAACAUUUGUGAGCUCCAAGGAAGAGGUGCUGCGCCCCCAGCAUUCGUGUGA